AUGGCAACACCCACCCCAUCGGCGGCGCGCGCCGCCUGGCUCUCGUCGAUCGAUGCGGUCUACACGCUCUUUGAGGACACGGCGGUGUCUGCGCAAUAUCCGGAGCUGGCACGCAAGGUGGCCGGCGCAGUGGGGCUGUGCGAGCAGGUGCUGCGCGAGGUGGGCGAGGCACACUGUGCACUCAGCUUCAACGGCGGUAAAGACUGCACCGUGCUCGUGCACAUCCUCGCGGCCGUGCUGCGUCGCCUGCACGCCUCGUCCGGCCCGCGUGCAAUGGCGGCACUCUACAUCACCUGCCCCUCACCCUUCGCCGAGGUGGAUCGAUUCAUCAAGUUUUGCGUCAGCCCGGAGUUCGGGUACAAUCUGCGAAUCGUCGCCGUGGAUGGCGGGAUGAAGGAGGGCAUCAGGACGUAUCUCAACGGAGGAGGAUCGACUGCAGAGGAGGGAGGUAGGGAUAUCAGGGCGAUCUUUGUGGGCACAAGGAGAGACGAUCCGCAUGGCCCGCAGUUGGAAGCGAGGAGUUGGACGGAUAAAGACUGGCCGAGGGUGGAAAGGAUCCACCCGAUCCUCGACUGGACGUACGGCGAUGUGUGGGAGUUUCUCAGGUGUCCACAUCUAGCCACCUCGGAAGCGCAACUGCCGUUUGGGAGGCAGACGUUGGAGACGCAGUGGGGCACGACGGGCGCGGGCGCAAGGGGUGUGCCCUACUGCGUCCUGUACGAUCACGGGUAUACCUCGUUGGGCUCGACCUUCAAUACGCGACCCAACCCGCAACUGCAAGACGGCGACAAGUGGUUGCCCGCCUACAUGCUCCAGGACGCAAGCCACGAACGUGCCGGACGAAUCAACACCGCACAACCACCAUCGGAAUAG